AUGGCGUUUCUCACCCGCAGGCUGGUGGAGAGGGUGUCUCUCUUCCUGUCGUUCGGGGGGCUGGUGACCACGUUCGUCACCACCUUCCUGCCCCUCUGGAAGACUCUCAACUCGGACCUGAACGAGAUGGAGAACUGGUACGAGGGGCUGUGGCACAUGUGCAUCUUCACCGAGGAGCUGGGCCUGCACUGCAAGGCCUAUGAGUCCAUCCUGGCACUACCACCCGACAAGCUGGCGUCGCGGGUGCUGAUGUUCAUCUCCAUCGCCACGGGGCUGCUGGGGGUCUUCGCGGCCUUCUUCGGCCUGGAGGGGGUCCUCGACGGCAGCGGCAGUGGCGGCGGCGGCGGUGGCGGAGCCCAGAGGAGGAGGAAGCUGAAGAGGGGGCUGCUCAUCGCGGGCGGGGUCCUCAUCUGGAUCUCCGGCCUCACCACCCUGACACCCGUCUCCCUGGUGGCCUACUACACCGUGGUGGAGUUCUGGGACGAGAACGUUCCCGACGUGGUGCCACGCUGGGAGUUCGGGGAGGCCAUGUUCUCCGGGUGGAUCGCCGGGCUUAUUCUUGUGGUGGGCGGCUCGUUUUUGUUCGUGGCCGUGUGUAUGGGGGACUGUGAAGUGGAGAAGGCUGAGGAGGUGCAGGCACUUUCACUGGCACUGUCCAAGGACACGGCAAGGACACGGCCUUACCUGAAGACGGAGGUGCUAUAG